AUGGCGUCCCGGAGACUCGCUUUGAACCUCACAAAAGGCCUGCGAGGCCGGACGGCCUUCUCUCCCGCACCCCUGCGGAGGAGCUUCGCGACGCCCGUGUCGGGCCAGGUCAAGACUCAGACCACAACACUCAAGAAUGGACUGACCGUCGCUACCCAGUAUUCUCCCUAUGCGCAGACGUCGACGGUGGGCAUGUGGAUCGAUGCCGGCUCGCGAGCCGAGACCGAUGAAACCAAUGGCACCGCACAUUUCCUCGAGCAUCUGGCAUUCAAGGGAACAAGCAAGCGAACUCAGCAGCAGCUGGAGCUCGAGAUCGAGAACAUGGGUGCUCACCUGAACGCCUACACCUCGCGCGAGAACACUGUUUACUUCGCCAAGGCACUCAACGAGGAUGUUCCCCAGUGCGUCGACAUCAUCCAAGACAUUCUCCAGAACUCCAAGCUCGAGGAGUCUGCCAUCGAGCGCGAGCGCGACGUCAUUCUCCGGGAGUCCGAGGAGGUUGAGAAGCAGCUUGAGGAGGUUGUCUUCGACCACCUUCAUGCCACCGCAUACCAGCACCAGCCUCUGGGCCGCACAAUCCUUGGCCCCCGCGAGAAUAUCCGGGAUAUCACAAGGACCGAGCUUUCCAGCUACAUCAAGAACAACUACACUGCAGACCGCAUGGUUCUGGUCGGUGCCGGCGGUGUUCCCCAUGACAAGCUGGUUGAGCUUGCCGACAAGUACUUCGAGAAGCUCCCCUCCAAGAGUCCCGAGACCAGUGCCUACCUCCUGUCCAAGAAGAAGCCCGACUUCAUUGGCUCCGAUAUCCGGGUACGCGACGACACCAUCCCCACUGCCAACAUCGCCAUUGCCGUUGAGGGUGUCAGCUGGAACGACCCCGACUACUUCACUGCUCUGGUUACACAGGCCAUUGUUGGCAACUACGAUAAGGCGAUGGGCAAUGCUCCUCACCAAGGCAGCAAGCUCAGCGGUUUCGUUCACAAGAACCACCUCGCUAACAGCUUCAUGAGCUUCUCAACAAGCUACAGCGAUACCGGUCUCUGGGGCAUCUAUCUCGUUACCGAUAAUUUGACUCGCGUCGAUGAUCUUGUUCACUUCACUCUCCGAGAAUGGUCCCGUCUAUCACAGAGCGUCAGCGAGGCUGAGGUUGAGCGAGCCAAGGCCCAGCUCAAGGCUUCCAUCCUACUGUCUCUCGAUGGCACUACCGCUGUCGCCGAGGAUAUCGGCCGCCAAAUCGUCACCACUGGCCGACGGAUGAGCCCCGGCGAGAUCGAGCGUGUCAUUGACGCGAUCACCGAGAAGGAUGUUAUGGAAUUUGCCAACAAGAAGCUCUGGGAUCAGGACGUUGCUGUGUCGGCCGUUGGCAGCAUCGAGGGCUUGUUCGACUACGCGAGAAUUAGGAACGAUAUGAGCCGAAACUUUUAA